UUUGCUGACAGGUUAAGUGUUUUGUAUUCUUGGCAAGAUUUUUCUCUACCUCGCAUUUUUAUCAGACUCGUUUUACUAACAUUCAACAACUCAUUUCACUGAAAUUUCAAGAGAAGGAACCAGGAGUAAACUAUUUGAUGGAUUUUAAAAUUGUUGCCCUGAUUUUAUUGGGGUGUAUAAUAGCAUCCAGUGCUCAAGGUUACCACUAUGGAAGAAAUAGACCCCGCCACAGGCCAGCUCGGUGUGCACAACCAAAUGCCAUUCGCUGUUUAAGAAACCCUUGUAGUACUCCGAAUGGAUGUCCGAACUAUCCCGACGCUGUGUGUGUUAAUGAUGAUCCGUGCAACCCCUACUGUGUUGGGCACUAUUACACCGGAGAACAACGGCAACUGUCUCAGGAGGAAUGUCAUGGCAACGUCGACCCAAACGAUGGCGAAUGUCCCGAGGGAAGUCCGACAUUACGUUGUUUAGUUAAUCCAUGUAGUGUAAUGAGAUGCCGUGCCUUUCCACAAGCAGAAUGCAGGAAUGAUAACGCCUGUGAACCAAGCUGUGUUGGUCAUUUUUACGACGGUGAUAGACAACUCAGCCGACGUGAAUGUCGUCGCGGAUACAGACGAAGAAAUAGGAUACGUACACUGUAAAAACUGGAGUGCUACUUUACACCAAAAAAUGGAGGGAGCUCCAGCUGCCGCCCAGUUUGCUGUUUACUUGUACCUAGAACAUGCCCCAGGGAAAAAAACUGACUUUCAUAUUCACCUUAGCAGUCAAAAGAGUUUUCUUUCUUGCAAACACCAAAUUCUAAAACAAGACUCCUUGUGUUCAAACUGUUGCUAUGCAUAUUUUCACACAAUCUGACAAAUUAAAAAAUAAUAUGUCUUCUCUGCAGAUUCUUCCGACUUUUUAUAUCAAUUUCGAUUUGAAAAUACUUGUACUAAUAAUGGUAUUGAAAUAAAAUACGUAUUUGAUAUCAAUCUUA